ACCUGUGGGAUUGCCGCCAGGUGUGCAGGCCGCUCCAAGCCCAGCCUGCCCCGCUGCCACCACCAUGACGCUCCUCCCUGGCCUCCUGUUUCUCACCUGGCUGCAUGCAUGCCUGGCCCACCAUGACCCCUCCCUCAGGGGGCACCCCCACAGUCACGGUACCCCACACUGCUACUCGGCUGAGGAACUGCCCCUUGGCCAGGCCCCCCCACACCUGCUGGCUCGAGGUGCCAAGUGGGGGCAGGCUUUGCCUGUAGCCCUGGUGUCCAGCCUGGAGGCAGCAGGCCACAGGAGGAGGCAUGAGAGGCCCUCAGCUAUGACCCAGUGCCCCGUGCUGCGGCCAGAGGAGGUGUUGGAGGCAGACACCCACCAGCGCUCCAUCUCACCCUGGAGAUACCGCGUGGACACAGAUGAGGACCGCUACCCACAGAAGCUGGCCUUCGCCGAGUGCCUGUGCAGAGGCUGUAUCGACGCGCGGACGGGCCGCGAGACAGCUGCGCUCAACUCCGUGCGGCUGCUUCAGAGCCUGCUGGUGCUGCGCCGCCGGCCCUGCUCCCGCGACGGUUCGGGGCUCCCCACGCCCGGGGCCUUCGCCUUCCACACCGAGUUCAUCCACGUGCCUGUCGGCUGCACCUGCGUGCUGCCCCGUUCAGUGUGACUGCCGAGGCCGUGGAGCCCCUAGAUUGGACACGUGCUCCCCAGACGGCACCCCCUAUUUAUGUGUAUUUAUUGUUAUUUAUAUGCCUCCCCCAACACUACCCUUGGGGUCUGGGCAUUCCCCGUGUCUGGAGGACAGCCCCCCACUGUUCUCCCCAUCUCCAGCCUCAGUAGUUGGGGGUAGAAGGAGCUCAGCACCUCUUCCAGCCCUUAAAGCCACAGAAAAGGUGUCACACGGCUGCCUGUACCUUGGCCUCCCUGCCCUGCUCCCGGCUUCCCUCACCCUAUCACUGGCCUCAGGCCCCCCAGCCUCCCUCUUCCCAACCUCCUUGGAAGUACCCCUGUUUCUUAAACAAUUAUUUAAGUGCACGUGUAUUAUUAAACUGACAAACACAUCCCCA